AUGUAUGGAAAAUAUUUAGAAAAAUCGAAACUUAGUGGCACAUGGAUUACAGAAACGGGAGAUAAAAGCAGCAAGAAUGAUUCUCAGUAUAUCUCAUAUAGUCUUGCCAAACAAAUUACUGAACAUAUAAGAAGCCUGGCUAGCUCAAUCGGUAGAGCGUUUGACUCUUAA